ACACCAGUGAUGGGUUCGCAGCGCUCUCCAUCUUUGUCGCAGGUCUCAACGCAGAAGAAGCAGCAGUCCAUCUCCAGCUUCUUUGGUAAAAGCCAACAACCUCAGCAAGCGAAGCCGAAGCCAUUACAGCGCAACCCGCCUUCCACCACUCACCACGAGUAUUUACAGCGUAGCGAUACCGCCGGCACCAACGAGCUCUUCGUUAGUGAAGACGGGCGAUCCGCAACGAACGAUGAUCACAGUAGCUUAGAGAAGCUGAAGCGGUCAUUAGCGGAGGAAGACGAUGGUGACAACGCGCCAGCUCCGAAGAGGUUGAGAGAGACGGUUGAGCAUUUGGACAGAGAUGCUGCAGAAGAGCAGGACGGUGUUGCGCCAGUCUUUCAUAGACCAUCAUUGGCGCCGGAGUCCGGUAAGAGUAAUGAUUGCCUACACAAGCGGAAAACAACAGCAAGGACGUCGAAGUACCUUUUCUCCAGUUCACCCGCCGAGGCUCUCGUCCCGAACGCGGAUGGUGAGGAGGACGAUGAUGAGGAUACGAAACGUCUGAAAGAACGCCUACACCAGAAGUUCGUGAAGCGGUUAGGCAGACCCGACAGCAUUGCAGAAAUCAAGCGGCGGAACCACUUCAUUGGCGAGGAGACGGAAGAGGCUGAGGAGGCACCGGACGAUGAAGACGGCGAGAAUGAACCUGAGCCGCCACCGAAGACUAAGGGCAGAAAGGGAGUCACGGCUAAGAAGGGCACCAGCACUAAGCUUACACCAAUGGAGAAGCAAGUGCUGGAGAUCAAGCAUAAGCACCCCGACACCCUGUUGGUUGUCGAAGUUGGUUACAAGUUCCGCUUCUUCGGCGAAGACGCCAGGAUAGCCGCAAAGGAGCUCAGUAUUGUCUGUAUACCCGGCAAGUACCGCUUCGACGAGCAUCCAUCCGAGGCGCACAUUGACCGAUUCGCCUCGGCAAGCGUACCAGUACACAGGCUCAGUGUCCAUGUCAAGCGCCUUGUGUCUGCAGGUCACAAGGUCGGAGUGGUACGACAAUUGGAGACAGCGGCGCUGAAGGCUGCUGGCACCAAUCGCAAUACCACAUUCGAGCGUGGCCUUACCAAUCUCUACACUAAGGGCACCUAUAUCGAUGACCAGGAAGCUCUUGAUGGAACAUCACCAGGACCGGAGGAUCAGGGUGUCGCUCCAGCCACUGGACACCUACUGUGUCUCACUGAGACGCGCCCUAAGGGUUGGGGCUCAGAUGAGAAGGUGCAGAUCGGCCUUGUUGCUGUGCAGCCUUCGACAGGCGAUAUAAUCUACGACGACUUUGAGGACGGCUGGAUGCGAAGCGAGCUUGAGACAAGGCUCUUGCACAUUUCGCCGUGCGAAUUCCUGAUAGUUGGUGGACUAUCGAGGGCUACAGACAAGCUGGUUCAGCAUCUGUCUGGUAGCAAGACCAAUGUGUUUGGCGACAAAGCUCGCGUGGAGCGCGUGGAAAAGCCGAAGACCAUGGCUGCGGAAGCUUACAGUCACAUCAGCAGGUUCUAUGCGGACAAAUUGCGAGCAGACGCACCUUCAUCGUCCCAGGUUGAGUCGUCGCAAGAGACCGGCACGCUUCUGGAUAAGGUUCACAAGCUCUCGGAGAACGCGACGAUCUGUCUGUCUGCUAUGAUCACCCACCUUACCGACUACGGCUUGCAGCACGUCUUUGACCUCACUAAGUACUUCCAGUCCUUCAGCGCACGAUCGCACAUGCUGUUGAACGGAAACACUCUGACGUCUCUCGAAAUCUACCGCAAUCAGACGGAUUAUAGCGAGCGCGGGAGUCUGUUCUGGACGCUUGACCGCACGCGGACGCGCUUCGGUCGCAGGCUGCUACGGAAAUGGGUCGGUAGGCCGCUGCUGGAUCGUUUGCGGCUUGAUGAGCGGACAGCAGCGAUCGAGGAGCUCAAAAACAACCAGCAGACGACCCAAGUUGAUCGCAUCGAGCACUUGCUGAACAAGACUCGUGCUGAUCUCGAAAGGUCACUGAUCCGCAUAUAUUACAAGAAAUGCACACGGCCGGAGCUGUUAGGCGUGUUGCAGACUCUACAGAUGAUCGCACAGGAGUAUGCGCACGUCACUUCGGCUUCUAACGCUGGAUUUGAGUCGAAGCUCAUCAGUGAAGCCAUCGCUUCUUUGCCCAGAAUCGCAGACGACGUGCUACAGUAUCUCGAGCGUCUCAACGCAGAAGCCGCGAAGAAGGACGACAAGUAUGGCUUAUUCCGGGACGAGCACGAGACGGAGGACAUCACGCACCACAAAGUCGGCAUUGCGGCCGUUGAGCAUGACCUCGAAGAGUUCAAGGAGGUCGCAGCUGAGAAGGUCAAGCGGAAGAAGGUCGAGUAUGUCACUGUCGCUGGUAUCGACUAUCUCAUCGAGCUCGAAAAUAGCCAGCUGAAGAACCUACCGGCUUCAUGGGCCAAGAUUUCAGGCACGAAGAAAGUAUCCCGGUACCACGCCCCAGAGGUUGUCCGCCUGAUCCGUGAGCGGGAUCAGCAUAAAGAGGCUUUGGCGAAUGCCUGCGACGCCGCUUUCGUGGCACUGCUGACUGAGAUUGGUGGGAAGUAUCAAGCAUUUCGUGACUGCGUCCAGUCACUCGCGCUAUUGGACUGUCUGCUAUGUCUAGCGGAAGUGGCAGCUCAGCCAGGCUACUGCAAGCCCGAGUUCACCGACAAGAUAGGGAUCGAUAUCGAAGCAGGCCGGCAUCCGAUGGUGGAGCAGCUACUGCUCGACGCCUUCGUCCCGAACGAUGUGCAUCUGGCUUCCGAAGCCCCGCGGGCAUUGCUCGUGACUGGGCCAAACAUGGGUGGCAAGUCUUCAUAUGUUCGCUCGGUGGCGCUGAUCGCCAUCAUGGCGCAGAUCGGCUCUUACGUGCCUGCCGACUCGGUGAAGCUUGGUCUGUUGGACGCAGUUUUCACGCGCAUGGGUGCGUUUGACAACAUGAUGAAGGGUGAAAGUACGUUCAUGGUUGAGCUAAGUGAAACGAGCGAUAUUCUGAAGCAAGCUUCGCCGCGGAGCCUAGUGAUACUGGAUGAGUUAGGACGUGGCACAAGCACGCAUGAUGGCGUUGCGAUAGCGGAAGCCGUCCUUAACUACAUCAUUUCCAAGCUCAAGAGCCUGACCCUGUUCAUCACGCAUUAUCAGUCGCUCGCGCGCAUGGCCGAGCAGUUUCCGGAAGGCGAGCUGAAGAACGUGCACAUGCGCUUUACCGAGCAGCAAACCGGAUCUGGCGAAACAGAAGUGACCUUUCUAUACGAAGUCGGAGACGGCGUUGCACAUAGAAGCUACGGUCUCAACGUUGCAAGACUGGCCGGCUUGCCAGGGAGCCUCCUUGACGAAGCUAGGAUGCGCAGCUCGCAGAUGGAAGAGAAAGAGCGGAGGCGGCGACUAACGUACUUGUCGAAGGCCUUGAAGCAGUUGGCGGAGGUAGGAGGCGUGGAGACAAUGGAUAGGCUUGCUGCUGGUGUAGAGCAGCUGUGAGCUCUCUCUGUAACGCAUCGACGAGACCAGGCCGACAACAGACGGGCCCAAAUGCAGGCAUGGCACAACCCAAGCAUGCACCUCAUUGCUGGGACGCAGAAUCGUUCGACGCUCAUAACACAGAGACCUCGAAAAAAGCUCCUUGGUAUCGACGUCUCUGUGAAUCAACACUGGCACUGCGAGACAACGAUGGCGCUCAUCCGCAGCUUGCCCUGUUUGUGUCCUUUCACGGAUCUAGUAACUUAAGUUCUAUACACAGUCGCAUGUGCAUGUUGAAGUGCAGCGAUUUCACCUCGUGGUUCGCCCUCUCUUCCUUCAAUCUUACUUCAAGCGGUGGUCGCGGCAUUGAGCUAUUGCGUGCAUGAGGUGCAAGAUAUGCAAUUUCGCUAGCAUGGUGACAUAGUUAGGCAUAUAAAGCCUACAUGUUAUUGCCUGCGGUACUCCGAGGCUCAACUCAACUUGGC